AUGUUAUAAUUGUAUGUGCAGGUAUAUACACCAUGGAGCCUGGACCGAGUAGUGAUGAGGUCCUAUAUGACCAGCCUCGACACCGUUCACAUGUUAUAUCCUUUACAGAGAGAGGCCCGGAUAUUGUUAUGGUUGAUCAUAGCCUCAGCCAUAGCCGUUGGCAUAUAGAGGAUGAGCGCAUAAUAGCAGCUGUAGGACGGGCCGGCUUCUUGACAUGUUCAAAGCUUCGUUGGAUGAGGCUCGAUUGGCCCCUACUCACCGCUUUGAUAGAUGGGUGGAGGCCGGAGACCAACACUUUCCACUUCCGAAUGGGAGAGCCUACUAUUACGCUACAGGAUGUAGCUAUGAUACUUGGUCUCCGCAUAGAUGGUCCGUGCGUUACCGGCAGUGAAAGACAUUUUUGGCCGAUAAAGUGUGAGGAGUUGUUAGGUGUAGCUCCAGAGUCAAUGCCUGGAGGAAAUAUUAAAUUGAAGUGGCUAAAAGAUACAUUCUCGGUGCCGUUACCUUUUGAUGUGCCGCCAAUAUUGAUUGAGCAACAUGCACGUGCAUACAUUAUGCACAUGACCGGUUCAAUAUUAUUUUCAGAUUCGAGUAAAGAUAAAGUGCAUGCCAGGUAUCAUUUUUAUCAGUAUUUACAAUUAUGUCUGCUGAUUUAGCUUAUUUUGAUAACUUGAAAUGUUAUGAAAAUGCUAGGUGGUUACCACUUAUCGGGGACUUGGACACGUGUGGUGCGUUAUCGUGGGGUAGUGCGGUUUUGGCGUACCUAUAUAGAGAGAUGUCUAAGGUUGCAUUCAUAAAAAAUAGUGACCUCAA